AUGUUCGAGCGUGUUCUCUUCCGGAGAAAUGACCAUGACAUCAUCAAUACUGUGGAUGAUAUAACCAUCACCACCGCGGAUAACCGCGAGCGGAGAAACCACUACUUGGCGCUGCGGUUCGACCGCUCUUCGAUAAUGGAAGCGGCGGAGUCCCCCUUUCAAAGCGGCGGUGAGAGGUCCGUCGAGCCUAGUCGUGGCAGGAUGACUAGCCAUUGGACUUCGGGUGGCCGUGGCAACCCUGUAGAGAACAAGGAUUGA